AUGUCCCCGGCCUCCGUCAACGCCGAAGGCGAGGAUGGCCUAUGGUGGCUCUAUGGAGAUGUGCAGGUGGGAGCCAACCGGUCUUUCAUGCACAGCACCACCCAAGUAGCAGACUGGCAGCUAGCGCUGUUUGGCGGCCUGCGAUACAAGGAGUCCGACGACCAGAAGAAGCACACCUGCAUGGUUUUGGACAACUGGUUGCAGGUAGGAGCCCGCGUGAAGCGCACGAACGAGCUACUUCUGCGGUUGCGGCAGCUGGUCAAUGAUGCCAUUGCCUGGAAAGCUCUCGAUGCUCUCGAUGGGGCCGAGAACCAAAAGGAUGGAAUGGAAAUUUCUGAGGUGAGCGAGAAAUUAGUACAGUGCGUACGAUCUGUGGUGGGUGUGCUGGGACAAGGAAGUACACAGGAGGAAGUGGAGGAUGAGCAAGCAGAGUCACCAGUUGAGGACCUCGAAGAAGCAGAAGAGGCUGCACCCUCCAAGGAAGAACUCUCGAACAUGACCAUCUCGCAGCUCAAGGACUUGUUGAAGAGCAAAGGUCUCAAAGCCAGCGCCUCAGAUCUUCAGACAGUCUUCUGCAUUUCGCUGCUCUCUAGACACCGGCAGCUGCGCGACUUCUCUGGCAGGUCGGUGCAGCACUUGGGGUGUCCAAGUGCAGGCGAGAUGGCAGAUGAGGACCUCACCGUCCGGGUGCCCGGUGAACACAGGAUGGACAUCUUGACCGCAGGGGAUGGCUUGAUGAUCCAGGCAGAUGACUGCGACAGUUGGAAGGAGCCGACGCCUGAGGAGCGCGAGCACGUUUCCCACUUCCUGAAGCAAGAAAAGAUGACGGGGGAGAAGAGGAAGAGUCUCCGAGUGGGCUUUGGAAGGGUUGGUUUCAACAGCCACGGGGUCUUCGUCCUCAGCAACCAUUUGAAGCGAUACUUUGGCAUCAAGAAGUCGCACGCAAACGUGCUCCUGCUCAACGCAGUGCCAGAGGCUGUUCCGAAGCUCGAAGCGCAGUCUGGCGCCGAGAACAACGGGCUUCUGGGAGCUUUGGCCCGAAGCAUGGCCACCGUUGGGGACGAGGUUCGCACGACCUUCUUGAGGGCCACCUUCGCUCGUGCAGACAGGAACAACAACGGGAAACUUAGCAGGCCGGAGCUCGGAUCUAUGAUGCGCAAGCUUCUGAACACAAUGUCCGCCGACGACAUCGAAAAGAUGAUGGAGAAGGCCGACACGGACUACAGCCAUUCGGUUGGCUACGAUGAGUUUGUGGCCUGGCUCAACUCCGAGCAUCACGAUAGAGUCAUGAAGAUCUUGAACACCGAGGCCGACCUCGUGAGGGCGACUUUUCGCCUCUGGGACAAGAACGGUGAUGGCUUAGUCAAGAACAAGGACCUCAUCAGAAUUCUUGAAAAGUCCUGCGACACCAUGACGUCGAAGCAGCUGAAAGCUCUGGUUGAUACCAUCGACCUCGCCUUAGAGGAUUUUGAUGGUUCUGCGCUGGCUGCGAACCGCUGGAUCUGGGCAGCGUCGAGUGUACAGAAAAUGCAGAAAGUCUUGGGAGGCCAAUGGAACCCACGCUAUUUGGUGCUCGGUGCCCACACGGGCUGCCUGCACUGGUUCCGCGACGAAGGGCCCGGGGCGAUUCUGGGCCAAGAGAGAGGACACCUGCGCCUUGCAGACGUAUCGAAAAUUGAGUCUGUUAUCGAUGAUGAGCCAGACACCAAGCGCCUGCUACUGUGGGAUUUGCUGGGAAAUGCGGCCCUCACGAUCCGGGCGAGCUCGGAAGUUGUAGAAGCAUGGAAGAAGGCACUUCUGGCCGCCAAGACCUACAAGCCGACAUUCCUGGAAGGUAUGUUUACCUCUCAUGGCUGGGUCGAUGCCUCCUACUCGCAGCUUGUCGAGCCGCCGGGGCCCUUGGAUGUUGAGACGUGCAUCGAGUAUGACGACUCCAGGGUGCCCUUGAUGGGCUUCGCUUUCGAGUCGCAGGAGAAAGCUGGCAGCCAACUGCAGUGCUUUGCCCUUGGCGGGCCGAAGCUUCGAUUCCUCGUGAUUUGCCGGGGAAGGCUCCUACGCUUCGAGCCCCGGGAGUUCGCCUUGCUCGGGGAAGCCAAAGGGGGUGAGGUGGUUUUGGCAUCCUUGAAGAAUGUCGCGCGUCACAACCAGUAUGUGAUCGCGGAUCAAGCACGCUUGAGGCUCAUCUUCAAAACUGCGAAUGCGCAGACGUGGGCUGCAUGCCUGCGAAAUGCUGAUGCAUUUCACUGCCCGAGCCCAUCUGCACAGGGCGAUGCAUCAAAGACAGCCAGGUCGCAGAGCUAUGGGCUGGUUCGGGUCGUACAGUCUGUUGGCACAUGGAUCAGGCAGCGAGCCCUACUUCUGCUGCUGUGCAACAGCGUUGUGGCACUGACUCUGAUGCUUCAAGAUUCUGCCGCUUUCUGGCCCUUUGUCAUGGUGCUGAACCUGCUGACGUGUUUGAGAGCUGGAGCUGAUGCCCCACAGCUUCCAGUUUCAGAGGCUACAGGCAGGGACGACGAGGUUGACUUGGUGACAUCCUUGCAUCCUGUUGCCCUCGGCUCCACUGCUGGAUGUGUUGAGGAUGCGACGGCCGCUUCUAUCCUCGUGCGCUCCCAGGGCUACAGCACCCAUAAGCAGAAAGAAGCUUCCCAAGACUCCAUGUACGAACUGCGACGAGCAUUCACGAUGCCAGCCCCGAGCAGCUCUUCCAGGCAUUCCCACGUUGCAAGGCUUGGACUUGAGAUGCUUGGACUCGAAGGGCCAAUCUCAUCCGAUCUUCCGACCUUCUGCAUCGUAAACCUGCAGAUCCCGGACGAUGCCCCGAACAUCUUGCAAGGAGCCGAUGCUAAAUGCAGCUCUGCAAUCUUUUGCUUCUCGGUCCGGGCCGAAGUCGAAUCGGGACUGAAAGAGACGCAAGAGCCUGCGCUGCAGCUGCUGCGUCGCUUUUGCCAGUUUGCUCAAGAGGACAACAUCAUGAGGAAUAAGCUGAAGGCCCUGUGCCAAAUCACAGAGUCUAAAAAUUCCUCGCUUCCUUCUAUCUUACAGAACUUGAGUGGCAAGCCAGCAUUGCUGGGCAAGUCUGCAACGAUCUACUCUGGUGCUGGGUACAUUGAAAUCGACGUAGAUAUAAGUUCUUGCGCGUACGUGAACCGGCUGUCGCUCCACCAAAUGCGGAGCAGACUGAGCUCCCUGCAGCUGGACUUUGCCCUUAUUAUUCAGGGCGAUUCAGAUGCUGAGUUGCCAGAACGAGUGUGGGCAGCUUCAACACUCCAUUUUGUAGAUAUGGACGAGCUCAUUCACACGCCGCGCUCAGUGAGCCAGAGCCCUCUCCAGAAAUCGCCAGAGACUGCGUCCUUGCACAAGCGGCCUCCGGUUUCGUUCUUUGAAUGA